AUGUCCUACCAACAUGAGAAGCCUCAACCCUCCUCUGAAGCGGCACUACGAUCACGCCUUCUUUCUCCCUUGGUCAUACCAUCAAAUCCUAAUGGAUUAGUCUUAGAGGAAACAGAAGAAUCGCAGGGGAAGACAAACUCACAUCCUACUUCUCUCAUGCGGGCUUAUGUCCACCAAAAACUAAGCAUCCUACCCUCUUUGUUCAAGAACUACAACCCAGGAGUUCAAUAUGUUCGUGAUCUAGUAGCUCAAGAUUUUGAGCCACAGGAGCGCCCAAUAGUUAUGAGAGUCUUUUGGGAUGCAUUCCAUGGUCUAGACAAUGAUGGGAGAAGCCCGUUUCCUGAUGUCUGGAUGGGCUGGAGAGAACAGCGACAGGAAGCACUCUCGAGAACGAUUGCUAAGCAAAACUUCAACACAUCAGAAGGAGCAGCUCACAUGAACCAAAAGCCCCAGGCAAAGGGACCCAAUCAGAAGCCCCAAUUCAACCCACUCCCCUCCGAUUCCACUACGAAUGAAAGGGUCAGAGAGUGUGCUGAAGGAUCUAUUAGAGUUCGACCGAUUAGUUCAAGACAGAAUAUACGAGCAAAGCUUGUCAAUAUUCGUCCAAGAAAUUCUAAAAGUCAAAUAAAUCUUGCUCCCUCUGCCCUCGAGACUGGAGGUUCAAUUUGUACUACAGCUCCACCAUUAGAAGGGCGUACUCACCGAUCUGUCUUCCAUCGAAGCAGUAUCUCGGGCGAAUUUCCAAAAAACCUACCUAGUUCAACCCCCCGCCUUCCCUGUUCUGAGCCUCUUGCUGGGCCAGUUCCGGGAAACCCCACGGACUCUGAAGAACCUAGUACGCCCAAGACGGGCACAAGUUUGGAGCUUCAUCACACUCGAAGGAAGUCAUUUGACUGGAUUAAAAUGAGUGACGGAUCCACGAAGAGUUACAACUCGGCAGAGGCUCCGGUGUGUCUGAAUCUAGCUUCGAACUCUAACUUCGGAGCUGAGUCUACAACAACUCAUUCGCAUCAAUCAAAUGUUUCGGACGUCGCCAGCGACCCCGGGGGCGGUACUAUGAGAGAUUUUGAACUUCGUGUUACAAAUCUCAAGGAAUCCAAUCCUCGUCUUGAGUUACGCUCUCGCCAUUUUGUAGAUUUAUUAUUACCGAUUAAAGAGGCCAGAAAAGGCAAAGGCAGGGUGGCAGUUGCUAAACCCGUGCAAAGCUUUGCGGCUUCUCCGACUACAAACUCCUUGACGAGUGCCUUGGAACGAGAAGAGACCGAACGAGCAAGAUUACAAGGACAAGCGUCUGUUGGCAGGGUUCCUCAGACCGACAUUUACCCUCCUAACAUACCUCAAGAGCACUCCGGAAAAUCAGAUGGUAUCGUCAGCCUGGGCUAUUCUGAGGGUGGGCCAUUUACCGGGGGGGGUGACGAGCUGCCUACAGCAUCUGAGCGUACAGAAAAUAUGAGGAAUCUCGUUCAUAGUGGGCUCGACAAAGAUAUGGUUCCUAAGAUCUCAAAAUUUAGAGUCCAAGAUCAUCCAAGAAAGAUCAGAAGGGCGAAAAAGGGUAACCCCACCCAAAAUCUAAAGACAACUACCAAAAUGUGAGUACAAGAUAAACUCUUGUCACAUUUGGCCCCCGCGACUGAUUGUGAAUUUAGUCGCUCCAAAUUUUCUUUAUCAAGUCUACCCCGUUCACUCUCCGCCACGGACAAGAUCCCGCCAUCCGAAGGUUCUGUUAAGGUGUCUCACCUUGGCACCACCCCCGAAGAGAAUGAGGUCGAAGACAUUGGUACCACUACUCCAGCAAAGCCACCAAUGGAAUCCGGCAUCCACACGGGAAAGGCUCAAGGGCGAUGGCCGAAAUCUAGUUUCACAAAGGCAAUCGGGGCUCACCUUGGUAGGAAGGUUAGCAGUAUCCUCUGGUUUACUUUGCUAGUCGAAUUUCCAACCACUAAAGAUGUCAUAGCCAAUUCUAAAAGAGAUCCCUGGGACUCUACACCAGCCGAACACUCUACCACUAAAGGUAAAUAAGCACAACAUUUCAGCACCAUUCCCUACCGAGAAUCCCCUGCAGAUGUCAAGCAGUUCAUCGACUCCCAAUAUUAUCCAAUUUGCGAUUCCGAUCAGCCACAUCCCCCGCAGUAGCUCCAUCCCGCUCAAAAAGCUACUGGAUAUUAACAAUUAUGGAAAACAUGAAGGCAAUGGCAAACCGAGCCAAUUGUGCCCUUGGGAGGGCCAACACUACGACAAUUCUGAUAAUGGGUCACCGUCCGAGCAAGCCCCCAAGGGGCCAGGCGGGGAAUACGUAGCCCAGACCUUUCCAGCCCCAAAUGGUAAAAGCCUCCCAGCCAUUAGCAUUAGUCCACUGGACCAAGCGUCACUCUACGGAUGGGCCGAAUGCACCGUGGUUCAAGCAUGCAGUGACUUCUUGAGAGCUCAGCAAUUGAAUCUCGAUAUAGCACUUCUUGGAAAAGAGGUCAAGAAAUGGGAGGAUGAAAAGGUAAGACUCUCCACCGGCGAAACAAGGCGUCGCGAUAAAGUCAUCGAAUUUAUGUUUGGUAUGGAGAUUCAGUGCAGGCUCAUCGAAGGGAACAUGAAGUAUGCCCCCGUUUCGAGCCCCAGUAACCCGUGCCACGCUAACAUCUCGGACAGGGCACUUCACUUUUCUGGCCCAGCAGCAUUAAACCCCGCAAAUAUCAUCUCCGCCUGGAAAGCCAUAAUCCCAAGUUUCUCCCCUAGGACCUACUGUAUCCCUGAUUAUUUGAUUCUCGAACACUUUCGCGUGCUCGAAAAGGUCUUAGGGCUUUUCGGGCCUGUCUAUUACGAUGCAGAAAAAUUCGAGAGUAAACGGUCAGAGCUCGUCCGACGUAUUAUGAAGUCAGGUGACCUUGAGAGGCAUCUCUUGUCCAUGAAAAGGUUGGCCACUUUACGGGAAGAACGCGAGAAAGCCGAGGAGGAGCUUCUAAGGGAAGUUGGUCUCCUUACUAUCGGAGAGGAGGAGUGA